AUGGGUAAUUAAACCUCUUAUGUAAAUGAAUAAGUGAUCUCAAUGGAUGGCAAAUUAGAGGAUAAUUUAGAAUGCAUUGGAUCGAAGUAGCACAAAUAUUUAGGAUAGAUUUAAUUAUGGAGGAGAGAUUCUAAAAGCAAUCCCACAAUCUUCUCGAAACAAUCUCACAGUGGAUAACGACAUGAUAUCAACACAAAUGAACAUAAUGAUAGAAAAAAAGUGAAUCACCCAAAUAUUCUACAAUAUUAUGGCUGCUAAUCCAAUUAUUUAACAUUUAAAGGUAAUAUCCUUUAAACCAAAUUCUUUUUUGAAUAUGUUCCAAACACUUUAGAUAAUGUUAUCAGUUUUCAUAAGAAGAAUUGUAGUUAUCUGGAGGAAUCUGAAAUUUGGAAAAUAAUUCAACAGAUAGUUUCUGCUUGUUCAUUUUUACAAAAAUUAGAUUUAUUUCAUGGAGAUUUGAAUCCAUAAACAAUCUUUAUUGAUAAUUCCAAAUAAGUUAAAAUAUUGUAUCAUAAUGCUUAUCCAGAAAUAAUUACAUCUUAUGCUAAAUUAUUAGCCUACUCUGAUGCCAGUGUUUACAUAUCACCAGAAUAAAUGGAUUCUUUGGCUACCCAAUCAGUGGAUCCAACAGACGACCCGUUGAAAACAGAUUCAUUUUAAUUUGGACUCACCUUACUAGAAUUAAUGACCAUGACCUCAAUUUUGGAAGAUUGUAUAGAUUACCAAAGAAAGACUAUUUAUUUUAAAUCAAUAAUGGAUCUGUUGUCAUCCGCAAGAAAGAGAUAUUCCUAACAGUUGAUCGAUUUUGUGUAAAGAUUGAUAACAUUUGAUGAAUAAUCAAGACCAAAACUAUCUGAUUUCCUUUAUGAUACAAAUCUGUAAUCAUAGCAAGGCAGCAGUUUCUUACCCUAAUCCAAAAUACGAAGAUAUACAUCUCCUCCUAAAUAACCUGAAAGGACUAACUCUCCACCACCUGACAUGGGAUGGAGUAGCAAAUCUCCAGUGUAAAGAGAUCUAUCAAACCAAUCAUAAUUUAGGACUCCUUUAUAAAGAAGUGUCUCUCCUAUUUUGGAUAGAUCUAACAAGUAUCUAAAUCUUGCUCAGAGCAGAAAUACAACAGCUUUAAGUUUGUUUCAUAAGAGUCCAAAUAAACCACCAAUAUUGAUUUAAAGUCAAACUCCUAUCAAAAAUGAAAGAGGAAGAAAACUUAAUACUGUAACGGAUAAUUCUAGAAAUGUUCUGGUGAUAAGCAGAAGUCCAAUAUAAAACUAAUCCAGAAAAACAUCAGCUCAUCAACCAGCUUUAACAUUUGUUACUCCUAAGCAUUAUACUAACCUUCAGCCAUUAUAACAAGAAUAUUAUUCUGAAGCUGUUAAUUAGAAAUAAUUUAAUCAGUAACAAUACUUUUCUUAAACUCUCUAACAUUAUGUUCAACCUUAUUACAACAAUUAAGAAAACUUUAAUAAUACCUUGCCAAAACCCCAAAAUACUUUGUCCUAACCUUAAUAAUAACAUUCCAUAUCAUAACAACAGCCUUAAUCUGCAAAUGCACUCAGUAAAACGCCAUAAAAAGUACCAUCAAAGGGUAUAAAUUUACUAUCCCCAUUAUAAAGUAUUAAUAAAUGA